AUGCAUGCGACAAACGGUGCAACCGACACCAAUGGUGUCAAUGGUGUAAACGGAGAGCACAAGACUAACGGUGUCAAUGGCGUCAAUGGCGAGCACACAACCAACGGCGUAAACGGCACAAAGCCAAACCCCAACCCGGACGAAUGGUUCAUUGGCAGUGUUGACCAGGGAACAACAUCUACUCGCUUCAUUAUUUUCAGCAGUCAAGCGGAUAUUGUGGCUAGCCACCAGAUCGAGUUUGAAAACCACUAUCCAGAGUCGGGAUGGCACGAGCACGAUCCGUAUGACCUCAUCAAGUCAGUAGAAGACUGCAUGGACGAAGCCGUCAAGCAAUUUACCUCGCAAGGCUGGUCUGUAUCGCAACUGAGAGCAAUCGGCAUCACAAACCAGCGGGAGACGACUCUUUGCUGGGACAAGCACACUGGAGAGCCCCUGGGCAAUGCCGUCGUCUGGCCAGACACCCGUACAAAAGACCUCGUCCGCGAGCUCAAGAUGAAGCAGGGUGCCGAGAUGAUCCUUGAGCGCACCGGUCUUCCCCUGAGCACAUACCCCUCCAGCGUCAAAUUGAUGUGGUUGCUCCGGAAUGAUCAAGCCGUCAAGCAGUCCUAUGACGAGAAACGCCUUGCAUUUGGAACUGUAGACACUUGGCUGAUUUACAAGCUCAAUGGUGGCCCCAAGAACAAUGUGCAUGUCACCGACACCACCAAUGCUAGCCGCACCAUGUUUAUGAACUUGAGAACUCUGAAGUAUGACGAUGACCUGUUGUCAUUCUUCGAAAUCGACCCUACCAAGGUAGCACUCCCAGAGAUCGUACCCUCGUCGUGCCCAAAGAUGUACGGCAAGAUCGACUCAGGCGUUUUGGCCGGAGUAAAGAUCUGCGGAUGCUUGGGAGACCAAUCGGCAGCGCUUGUUGGCCAGUGCGGUUUCCAACCUGGACAGGCCAAGAACACAUAUGGUACUGGAUGUUUCUUGCUGUACAACGUUGGCGAUGAGCCCGUCAUCUCCAAGUACGGCCUGCUCAGUACCGUUGCCUAUGACUUUGGUGACAAUGGAAAACCAGUUUACGCGCUUGAAGGCAGUAUCGCUGUUGGUGGAUCUGGUGUAAAGUUCCUAUUGCACAACCUGGGUUUCGAGAGAGAUUCCAAGAGAAUCACGGAGCUUGCCGAGAGUGUUGGUGACAAUGGCGGCGUCAUCUUUGUCACUGCUUUCAGUGGUCUGUUUGCGCCAUACUGGAUUGAUGACGCCAAAGGCACACUUUUCGGCAUUACACAGCACACCAAGAAGGGCCAUAUCGCUCGUGCUACCCUCGAGGCUACCUGCUUCCAGACACGCGCAAUUCUUGACGCCAUGGAGAAGGACUCGGGUCACCGACUGGAAUCCCUGGCUGUGGACGGUGGCAUGUCCAACAGCGACCUGACUAUGCAAACACAAGCCGAUCUCUCCGGCAUUCGCGUCGAGCGUCCCGCCAUGCGCGAAACCACUGCUCUCGGAGCCGCCAUUGCUGCCGGUAUUGCUCACCGCGACUGCUGGUCAAGCUUGAAGCAAAUUCAAAACAUCAUGAAGGGCAAGCAAGGGCGCAGAGAAUUCGUUCCCGAAAUGGAGAAGAGAAAAGUCGCCAAGAUGUACGGCAAAUGGGAGCGUGCCGUCGAAAUGAGCAGAGGCUGGGUCGUGGACGACUCGGAGGAUGAGGAUGAUGACUUUUAA